AUGCCCACCCAGCUGGAGAUUGCCAUGGACAUCAUGAUUAGAACCUUCUACUGCUACUCCUGCAGGGAAGGAGACAGGUUCAAGCUCAGCAAGGGGGAGCUGAAGAUGCUCCUGCAGUGAGAGCUCACGGAAUUCCUCUCGUGCCAGAAGGAUCCCGAGCUGGUUGAUAAGAUGAUGCAGGACCUGGAUGCCAACAAGGACAAUGAAGUGGAUUUUAAUGAAUUCGUGGUCAUGGUGGCAGCUCUGACGGUCGCUUGUAAUGACUACUUUGUAGAACAGCUGAAGAAGAAAGGAAAAUAA